AUGUCUAGCUCUCGUCCAAAAAAAACCACGACCACCACGACCACCACCACCAUCUCGCACUCUGGUGGUGGUACUCGCUCUAGUGCGAGCACCUCCGCUGCUUCGAGUAGCGCGACCCACAAGAUUCCCGUCAAAAUCACGGACCGGAACGGGCAGCCAUACGCCGGGGACCCGUACGAAACCCCCGGCUCUCCUCCUUUUGUGCGGCAGGGUUCCUAUUACGAGACGAACUCCAACAACGAGGAAUUCAAGUACCUAAAGGCGUCAGACGUGCGCCGCCAGGCCCAGCAGGCGCCCGCGCAGAACGCAUCCGUCGGGCGCUAUCCCAAGCCAUUCGCCAACCACGAGAAACUCAACCUAACCUCGCAGGGGCCGCACAAAGAGUUCCCCCUCAGCCCAAGCCCGGGUGCGAGCACGAGCACGAGCGGCAAGCCGCCUAGUAACUACCGUGGUGGCGACCCGGGUCCCGUCCGCGCCGUGUACAGCGAUGACAGGAAAUCCGUCGACGUCGUCUACCACGAUCCCAACGGCGCACCCGUUGCCCCCCGAAAGGGCAGGGCGAAACCGAGCACGCCCUACGCGAUGGCCAAGUACCGCGAGAGCCCUACCUAUGCGGAUACCAGCAACGUAAAGCCCAGCUCCUCCACCAAAGAACGCUGA